AUGACUUCGUCACCCUCAACCUCCCCGAACGACUCGCUCUACGCCGACAACGAGUACGAUAUGGUCGAUCGCGAAGCUAUGGCUGAGGUCAAACUAUUCUUCUCGGCCCUUACGCACGCCGAAUCCCUUCAGUUCUGCUUGGGCAUAGAAGACACCACCGACGCCCGCUUCUCCAAAAUCCCUGCACUUGCCUACCUCACAACAGUUAUCUGUUUCGACACCGAGGGCUGGAACGCCGAUAGCUCCAAGCUCACCGAAGUAGGCUUCAACCGCUUUUCCGCUCAGUCGGCGCGUUCAGUGAAGCCUGGGCCGUGGGGCGAGAACAUCCUGCACAAUGCGAGCUUUUAUCAUGCGCGGAUUGCGGAGAAUUCGCAUCUGGAAAGUCGGACCGGCACACAAGGCGAUCCCACGAGCAACCGAUUUGGUCGGACCCGCUUUCUGUCGAUACAAGAAGCACGCAUCGCGCUGGAAGAGUUCUUCGCCGUGCGUACCGCAGAUGGCCAGGGCAUCUGUCCGGUCGUCAUCCUGGGUCAUGCUCUCGGUGGAGAUACGGUAAAAUUGUGGAAGCUUCUCGGACUCGAUCCUAACCGCCUGGGCAAUGUCGUAAAGGAAGUGGAUACACAGCAGAUCGUACGCGACCUAGGCUACUGGAGGUCCCGAGAUCAGGUGGGGUUGCAGCGAAUCAUCCAUGAACUCGGGUUCGAGUAUCGCGAUGCGCAUACCGCCUCCAAUGAUGCUGCCAUGACGCUGAUCGCAGCGGUCCUCCUUGUCUUGCCUAAUAAUGGUUAUAGUGAAGAGAAAGGGGUUCAGGAAGUGGUUGAUGGGAUCGAGCGUCUCAGCCAGGGUGAUGCAUGGGACCACGGAUCCGACAAAUAUUGCCAGCACUGUCACUCACGCGAUCAUUUCGCCGAGAAUGGAGGACGAUGUGGCGGGCGUUGUAAGGUGCCUGUUCACUGCGAUCAUUGUGCAGCCUUGGGACGCCGUCAGGCAGCUUCGAGCCACAUGACUGAGGACUGCGUCUCUUUUGCAUUAGAGAAUGGCAAUUCAAAGAAGGCGAAGGCCAACAGGGAGUCUAAGCGAGAAGCAGGGCGGGAGCGAAAGAUACUGAAGAAUGAGGAGCAUGUCGUGGACAAAAUCGUGCAGGAGCACGUGCCCAGAGGUACCACAGGUAUCCAUCAAUCUUCGAAAGGUGGAUGGGCUUCCCACAGGCGAAGAACUGCGACCCACAUCCUGUGGAACCCAGCCAAACUGCUCCUUCCGCUUGCGAAGCACACUAACGCACACAAGUCUGAGUCUUCCCAGGCCGGAGAUUCGACCUCUCAAAUCAGCCUUGUCACCAAUACCAAGUCCCCCGCUGGUAGCUCGCCCGAAAUGAACGCCCCUUCUCCUGCCAUUAGCGAAGGAUUCGAUCGUAGCCUUUCCCUUUGGCCACCUGCACAACAUCCUGCUUCUAAAGAUCAACCCCAUCUGUAUGACCGCAGAAGAGCAAACAAGCGCUCACCGUCCGGUCACAGUUCGAAUCGCUUCGCCACCGCUAAUACGUUCGAAGCGCUUGUGGGUAUUGAUAAAGAAGCUGAUGACGAGGACGAUCAGUUCAUCUAUAAAAGAGAUGCUUAG